AUGCACUCGGCAGGGCACUGGCAACUGCGAUUGGGGUUUGGUGGCGUCGUCAUCAACAACGGCCUCAUCUACGGCAUCCAUCCCGCUGAUACAACUCCCACCACCUCUGUGCUCAACAACAGCCCAUCAACACCAUCAACAGCAGCAGCAGUGACAGCAGCAGCAGUGACAGCAGCAGUGGAUGACACGACCACCAUCAACACACGGGCACAGCAGACACCACCACGCUUGGUGAACUGCGACACGGCGGAUGCAAGUGGAUCAGCGGCGUGGCUGCGGACAAUGGCUUUUUCCUGCUACGGCAUUCCAUGCAACUCGCAUUCCAUCCUCAUCGUCGAUCCAGCCGCAAGUGCGGUGGACACAACCAUGCUGUCCGUUCCAGAUGUGCGACGCGAUCCGCCCGCACAAACAGGAAAUACCUCGUCACCUUCAGGGGCACCACCAAAUCUGCUCGUUCUUGAUGCCAUGCACAACCACCUCCCCAAGCUGCCCGACGGCAGGGACAUUGUGUUGGCAGAAGAAGAGUUCAACAAGUACACGUGCACGGAUCUGGCGCUGGAGACCGGGGCGUAUGCGCUGCUGGCGUCUGCCAGGAUCAACCUGUUCAGUGGCGACAACGCGUGGCAGAGGGCCCUUGAACCAGCUGCUGUCACCCCUCCCCUCCACCAACCACCACUGCUCUGGUGGGAUGAACAGACGGGCGCUGCCAUGUAA